AUGGUUGUCACCGUCGAUGAACUUCCCAAGGAAAUAUGGAUUGAGAUUUCGAAAUCACUCGAAUACAAUGACCUACUGAGGCUACGUCUUUGUUCAAAAAUGAUGAAUGAAAUGGUUGCCUCGAAAGCAAUAUGGAGACCAAGAUGUCACGAGCGGUGGCUCAACCAAGAAAGAGAAGAUAUUUUGAACUUCGAGCCUGAAGCUUCGAAUCUUGUGAAACAACAGGAUGACUGGUUCUACUAUUUCAGGUAUCGCAAUCGGAUCGACAAGCAUGUCGUGAACACCUUAAUGUCAAUGAAAGAUACGCAAGAUCAAAAACUAUAUUGGGACAAAUUUAACUACCUUUUCAAGUACGGUACAAAAGUAAUACCCCUUCUCUCGCGACUUGAAGUUGAGGGCUACAACCAAGGAACUCCUUUUGAAAUUACCUAUAUGGCUCACAGACUACUCGUUACAAUGAGACACAAGCACGUAUUUGAGUUGAUCAAUCGAAGUUUGGACGAUGAUUCCGAAGAAUGGGUGCAUUAUGCUGAAGAAUCAAUCUUCUUACCUCUGGCCGCCUUAGACGUAUGUUUUAACCGGCUUUUACCAUACAGGAAGAAAAUGAUAGAACAAAUUCAUGCCCAGAUCAAAAAAGAUUAUGAGGAUUUGACAGAUUUCUUAACACUGCCGUCUACCCUGCGCUUGGAUAAACUAAUGAAAUAUCUAUUCCAAAUUUUGGCUAAAUAUCAGCUACCUCAUGUUCGUCAGAGAGCUCGGUAUUUUCUUGAUGAUUUUAUGCUUUUGAGAAUCUACGCGGGAGAAUCAAAAGGACAUCCUCUGUUACUACUGGCUAUUGUUCAGUCUGUUGCGACAAGGUAUAAUAUAGAAACAGUCUUGUGCGAGGAAUUUCUCAUCGUUCGGGAUCCAGGACUUCGUAAUGGGGAGAGUUACGUUACCAUUUCACAAGGAGGGAAGCCACGCAUAUUUUCAAGAAAAAACCUUAUAGAUUCAAUGUGUCGCAUUUUUCCAAGUCGAGAAGUAGUAUUGAAUAGCGUUAUCCCUCGUCUUUUACAGCCUCUGAAAACCAACAGUUUACUAUUCAAAGUGUUUGAUGAAUGGUAUCCUUAUUGCAAAAAGUCAAUUUGGAAAAUGAUUCCUGAUAAAACCAUCCAAGCAUUACUGACUUAUAUGCCACAUAGUCGCUAUCCGGUGCAAGUUUCCGAUUAUGAGUACAUUCAAGCGUAUUGGAAAUUAAGUCAAUCGGCUAACCACAGGGCGCUAUGGAACAUAGGAAAAGCAAAUUUCCUAAAAUUCGUGCUGAAUCAAUUCCCUCAUGAUCUAGUUUUGCUGAAAGAUACCAAAGGAUUUGAACAAAAUUUCUCAGAAGACGCUACUCCUGUGUCAUUCGAUGAAAUUUUCUCUGAAAAAUAUCUAAUCUGUCCUGGUAAAACAGACAUGGUAGGCCAAUUUGUCUCAGAUCGAAGAAAUAGUCAACUCUUCAUCGUCGUUGCAGUGAAAGAGGCACAAAAUGCAACAACAUAUUUCAUUCUUAUGGAUUGUUUAGGGCACAUGAACGUUUUAUUAAAGGACGACACCGAGGUUGUUGAAGUUGAUACUUUGGAACUAGAAACAAUUGAGGAGUUUCUCGAUUUAUUAUCUCUUUCCGACCUCGGUCUCUUUUUUACCCGAUUUGAUCAUAGUGCUGGCCAUUUGGUUCCAUCAAAGAAAUUUGAUUCUUAUCUUCGUAGAACAACAGAAGCCCAGUAA